AUGGAUUUAUUACAACAGGAUCUUCCGUCUGUGCAGGACCUCUUGUGCACCGGAGAGCCAUUUGUCCCAUUUUCCGAGUACUCUGUCCGGGACAUCAUCCACCUGCCACAAGAUGAAGCCACCGGAUGGGUUGAAAAUAAGCUUCGUCAAGGAAAGCCAUUUGUUAUACGUGGCUUUACUGAGAUGGGGGAAUGGAAUCGAUCUAUCCUGAACAAUGAGAGCUUCGGCGCCCUUUCAUCCUCGGCAGGGCGAGAUACUAAAAUGCGGCUUCGAGAUUUACUUGCGCAGACAGAUUAUGCCCGUACCAAUGAUAUCCGAGAAUUUCUAUACGCGAAAGAUCUUCCGUGUCCAGCUGAGUGGGUCAAGGCAUUGGGGGCAUUCCUCCCUUCAGCUAUGAGGCAUCUUGGGUCUCUUGAUUUGUUCCGAACGUUGCCAAAGGAGGUUACCCCGGAGGUGCUGAUGGCUUAUGUCGGGACUCGCAAGUCUUCUUCAGGAUUUCAUAGAUGCUUUAGUGGAACAGUUGCCCUGAAUCUGUUGGUUGAAUCCGAUGUGCGGCUAGGUACUGGGCCUGGAUCUCUUUGCUUUGGGACCGAUAAACUCUCACAGGUCCUAUACGACGCAUAUAUGGAAGGACUAGGGAAGUCCCCCCACACCGAUUGGACCAACGUCUCUACCACCCAGCUGAAGUCUGCCAAUUUCCCCAUCUACGUCACGCACCAGGAGCCUGGAGACUUGGUCAUAUUCCCCUCCGCUACCGCCCAUCAAAUUUGGAAUAUCAGCCCAAUGGUUACAAAAGUCGUCUGGAACAUCAUGCAUUGCUCUUCCCUUAUAUCAUUCUUUGACUACAUCCAGCCAACUUACCAGCGACAGUGUCAUGCAGACACUGGCCGAGUUCCUCUGAUACCGUUACACGCAUUGAUCAGGGGCUCUCCAGAGUCAAGGGAUGAAGCACUUCUCUUAGAAGUUUUUGAACAACUCCUCGAAGAUGAAGCCAUAGAGACUGAAACAGCUACUUCAAUAAAGACUGUCGAUACCCAAGGAGCUAUCGUCGAAUGCAACUUUUGUGGUUUGACAAUCUGGAACCGACAUUUGCACUGCGAGCAAUGCGGGGACUUUGACUUAUGUCUGACGUGCUUUAUUUCUGGACGCAGCUGUAAACAUGUUGCUGAUUAUACUUGGGCUGAACUAAUUCCACGGAGAUACUGCAAGGAUAUCAUCCAGACGACCCGAAACAGACUACAUGAUCGACUGCUCUUAAGGCGCAGAAGUCCACCACAAAAGACUUUGGGCGCCUUGGCCGUCGCUGCGGCAGAUGCGCGGAAGCAAUCAAUGUGUUCCCAAUGCUGCAACUGCCGUUGCUGUCACUUUGCUCGCCCCUACUCCAGCAGAGACAAGCCUGUGCGAGCUCGGAUCAAGCCGAUCGACCCACGUGGCCGCGUCAUGGGGUUUACUGACAACGUGUUUGAUCAGAAACGAGGGAAACGAGCUAGCAUGGCUGCUCACAGUGCAUCGCCACAAUCUGAGAUAGUCUCACGCGGACAAAAACGGCCAAGGACACAAAUUAAUAAUGGAAAGGGGGAAGUGCAACAACUGCAGGGAGACUAUAGUACUCUCACAAAUUUUGCUGCGACUCAUACGAUAAGAUCAGAUGAGAACAUCCACACUUAUCGCCAUCCCUACGCCAGUUCUUCGCGAAAUUUAGGCCCGAAGGGACAACUCCGAAUCAGUGAUCUGGUCGAAGAGCAUAGCCCUGCUGAUUCUGGACCGCUCUUUCAGACCCCGUUUAGGCAGGGUUCUCCUCCACCUUCCCUGACGCCGGAAGAUGGCCCAUUCCGACGGCAUUCCGAAGAGGCAAGCGUUCCCCCCUUGACAGACGAAGCCAGCAUCGUUGUUCUCGAGAAAAGACUGCAGGCACUUCGACGAUACGCAGAUGACCUUUUGGAUCUUUCUUUGGUGGAAUCGCAUGCAAAGCUUCUUGAAAAGAUAAGUCAGCUGCAGGGUCAGGUCGAAGAGCGCAAGCGACGGAAAGCGGAGACACUCUUUGACAAUCUCCAUCGAGACUUCCCAGAACUGGCCACUCUUGCCAGAGAGGAAGCACGGCGACAGGGAUUAUAA